AUGGAAUCAACGUCUACUUCCGAGCUGCGUAAGGCGCUUUCUAAGUAUGCGCUACCCAGUGCCAACGAGUUAAUUCAUUUGCGCGCUGCUGACCCGACGACAUCCUAUCGCUCUUCCUAUUUUCGUCUGCAGAUUGAUGAGUUGCUAGCUGUAACCGGCCGUAAGCUUAACGCCAAGGCAUCAUCGGGUCUGCAAAGUUUAUUAUUUCAAGUAAAGGAGAUUUUACAAAACAUUCAAGACCAGCAGGUUACACAGGAUGCAUUACAGGCCCGCGGUUUAUUAGUACGCAACCACGUCAAACACAAAGAGAUUGUUCUGCCGUUCCAACAUCCUGCACGCCUAGACUUAGUUGGUAGCUACAUUCUACAGACAAUGGCCUAUUCUGGCAAAAAAAGCAUGGAUUAUGGCAAUAUUUCCAUUGAUGUAGCAGUGGAAAUGCCGCACGAUUGCUUCUUACCCAAAGACUUUGGCAAUUAUCGGUAUUUCGACAAACGAAAUUUGUACUUGGGUGUCCUGGCUUCAGAAUUGCAAAUACAUACAACACUUUUCUCGCAAAUUAAGCUUCAGGCGUGGCGGGGUGACUAUGGAAAGCCAAUUGUCGUAUUGUCGGUAAAUUCUGACUAUUUGCGCGAACAUGGUCUUCAUGGUAUUAAAGUUUUAGUGCGGUUGGUGCCAGCAGUGACGACAGAGCUGUUUAAGCUAGCAAAACUAGUUCCAUCGAGAAAUAACAUCAAGCAUGAACCUGAUAUGACAGAAGAUGAGAUGAAAGGAUGCAGCACUCCCAUGUAUAACAAUUCGAUCUUGGAGGACAUGAAGUUGCGACAACAUACGAGAGACCUUCACAUAGCUCUGAAGGAAGCUCCACAAUUGGCCGAGGCAUGUAUCUUGGCUAAAGUAUGGCUUCGACAACGAGAGUUUCACAAAGCCAUGGACUCUGUCAAUGGAUUCUUGCUCUCUAUGGUUUUGUUGUAUCUAUACGAAAAGAAGCGAUUCAACGCACAGACUCCAUCCGACCAGAUAUUUAAGGUAUUGAUGCAAUUCCUUGCUCUCCAUCCACUUGAAAAUGAGCCACUGCAGUUCCCACCAAGUGAUGACGGUGUAGUGUUAACCACUGAGGGCAUGCACACAUUCCGUCGUUCUUUUGAGUUGGUCUUUCUGGAUGCAUCCGGUCGUUUGAAUCUUUUCAGUCGAGUUUCUAAAAGUGCGUGGAAGGAGAUUCAAAGUGCUGCCAUUGAGUCGGUUACACUUGUGCAACAGUGCACCACGAAUGCGUUUCGGUCUCUAUUUAUCGAAAAGAAAUCUUUCUGGACACGCUAUGAUCAAUACUUUUGGUUCCCUGCACCUUUUGCUAUAGAAGAAGCAAAGAAUGACACGUAUACAGUAGAGGAGAAGCGUCAGAUUAACGAUAUGGGACUUGAGCGCUUUUGGCUUCAAAAGCUGGGAAAUGUGCUCUCUAAUGCACUAACUGAUCGUGUGACUCUCAUUCGACCGAUGACAGAGGAUAGCGUUGAGUGGAAUAUGCAAGACAGUGCACUGCCAAAGCAGCGCAAGGUGGCUGUUGGACUUUGCAUUGAUUCGAAUAAUGCCAUGCGAAUUGUUGACAAAGGUCCGUCAGCAGACGAUAAAGAAGCCAGUGCUCGGUUUCGAAACUUUUGGCGUGGCAAAUCGGAGCUGCGUCGUUUUAAAGAUGGCGCGAUUGUCGAAGCUUUAAUUUGGGAAGGCAUUGGUACAGACAAUCGGCACCGAGUGUUGGAUGCCAUAGUCAGGUACAUUGUGCCAGCCCACUGUCCUUACGUCCUUUCGUCACAAAUUAAAACGUCGAAUGCUGCUUUGUAUUCGGUACUUGAUGUGGACGAGACGCCAAGAGAGAUGCCAUCAAGUCUGAAUGCGUCGUUUGAAAAUGCGAUGAACUCUGUAUCAAAGCUUUGGGUCAUUUUUAACAAUUUUGCCAAGACGUUGCGAGGAUUAGAUUCAUUACCCCUAAUGAUUUCAGAUGUACUUCCCGUUCAUCCUGCGUUUCGAUCCACGAGUCUUUUUCCAAUCCAACCACAUCCGCUUGCUUACUCAAAGGGUGAAGUGAUAGAUGCUGCACCUAUGGCGCACGCCAGCACGGUCCUUGAACCUCUUGUGUUACACCUCAAAUUCGAACGCUCUUCAGCUUGGCCAAAUGAAAAGAAGGCUUUAAUGCACGCCAAGACUGGAUUUUACGUGCACAUUGGUCAAGAGCUUCAGUCACGUCUCAAGAUUCGUUGUGAAGUGGCAAAUGACUGUCUGGAUGUGUUUCGGAGCGGCUUUGUAUUUCGAUUAAUAAUUCGUUGUGAGAAAGAACUGAGUGUUGUAACUGGUGCUACGGGAGUGAAGAAGCUCGCAAUUGUCAAUUCUCCAAAUUACGUGAUGGUAAAGAGAGAAGUGGAAUAUUUGUCGAGACACGCGAGUUUGGUACACGCGCUCCAUACGAAACACAAUUCAUUCGGUCCUACUGUUCGGCUCGCGCAACAAUGGCUAGCUGACAAGAUAUUGAGUAACGUGUUGCCUAUUGAAGCACUAGAACUUCUUGUAGCUGAUGUGUAUCUAGCAGCUGCCUCAACUUCGAUUCCUCACUCGAUUCUUUCGAGUUUUCUCCGGUUUCUGAAACGGGUUGCAAGUUUUGACUGGCAGAACCUGCCGUUUAUUGUAGAUUUUAAUAACUCUUUGGACGAUGAAAAACGACGUGAGAUAUAUAAGUGCUUCGAAGCGUCAAAAACAAGUCCAAAUAGUCACCCCGGCAUGUUUAUUGCUGUGGAUUAUGAAGCGAUGGACUGUUUAUCGAGCUGGACGCGGUUCAAGCUAGAUAAAGUGGUAGUCCAACGACUGUGUUUGUUAGCACAGAACUCGUUUGAUGUGCUGGUGUCCUGGCUGUCGUCGGGUGCGUCUUCAUCUGGCUGGAAAAAAGCGUUCGCCACAUCCAGAAAAGAGUUUGAUGCGGUGCUACAACUGGCUACGAAAAGCCUUCCGACCAAGCGAAUUCGUGUUCAUGGCGAUAAAAAGCACUCGUUUGUCACAUCCUUGUACAAGAAUAUGGAUAUGACGGCUGUUCCAGUCAUGAUUGGAUUUGAUCCAGUGCAAGAGUUGCUACAGGACUUGGAGCGGACGUUCGGUCACUUGGCUUUUUUCUUCAUUAACGCCGUUGAAGCGACAGAAAUCCUGAUCACUUGGAAACCACAAGCAUUCCUUCCCGACAAAUUUCGAGCCAUCACGGCGAAUUACCAGAUGCCGCUCUCCUUUUUGAAUGUAGCGAAGGAAGAUCCAACGCCCUGCUUGGCUAUUCCAAACGUUUUCGAAAUUUUGUCAGACAUGCAGACUAUGAGCAAUGGCAUCGUUGUCGGUAUUGCAUUGCACCCUUUUGAAAGUUUAUAG